AUGAACUCGUAUAAAUCUGGUUUAAGUAAUGUUUUCAAUGAGAAGAAUAAAAAAUUAAGUGAGGAAUCACUGAUUGACAAUUUAAUUCACGAGUUGAAGCAGUUGGAUUCAAAUUUGGAGGAGCUUUUUCACAUUUCAAAUGCUGAUUUAACUACACAUUAUUCGAUUCAUAAAUUUCGGCUCAAGGCAUCGAGGCGAAUAAGCUCAUAUUCGAAUCUUUUGAGGAAUCUGGUUAAAUCGUACGAGUCGACAACGAGUACGCAGCAGUAUGUAAAGUUGUUUACCAUACACCAGUUCUACAACGAACGCUUGAUGAGACACAAAAAUAAGUUGAGCGAGUGGUGGUCGAGAAAUGAAAGACGCUACCACGCGCUCUGCCUGUCCUCCUUCGUUUCACAAAUCAGCCAGCCAGACGGCCAGACAACUACCUCACUGCCGACACCUAGCGCCCUUGGGAGGGACGACAUGCUGAAGGUCAGUUCGAAGGACGACCGCCUGAUGCGGAAGCUGAAGGAUACGAGGAACAUGAUGAUCAACCAGAUAAACCAGAUGGACGCCGCAGAGUCGUCGCUGCUGAAGUCAGCAAUAAAGCGCUACGGAAUGGUCAGGAGCUGCUACUUCCUGUUCUUGUUCUCGUGCGGAUUCAUAGUGCUGCGAAGAUUUAGGUUCUUUAAGAUAUUCUAUCUGGGGUUCAAAGUGAUUAAGUAUCCAAUCAAGUAUUUGUCUGGCAAGUCGAAGCCAGUGAAGGAUGUCAAUUCUGAAUUAGCAGAAUUAUAA